AUGAUGGAACGUCUCGUUUUGAAUAGAUGUGUAAUAUUCAAUGUUUUAGCAGACCGAAUUAUAACAUCUCAAUCUAUGGCUCAAAAACUCGAAAUUAAAGAACAUGAAUGGUUAUUUUUCGAGUUGCUUAUAACAUUUCUUAAGCUGAUAUAUGCCAUUACAAACAUUUUUUGUACGGAAAUAAUUCGUCAUUAUCAAUGAUUAGACCAUUAUUAAAACAAAUUAUUGAAAAACAUUUAAUGCAAUAUCAUGAAAAUAGAGAUACCAUUAUACAAACAUUUAAACAAACAUUAGCAUCAGAAAUUAAACGCCUUUUUUCACCUGAAUGGGAUUCAACUGAAUCUGUAUUAUUAGAACAAAUUGUAUCAUAACUUUGUGUUAUUAAUCUUUGUUUAUCGGUUAGGACGUGUUGAAGAGUAGAUUUAAUACAUUCGGACAAACACUUAGCAUCAUAACCAGUUGGAUUAAAGAAGCCUCAAAAUCGUUCUACAGGUAA